GGUGUCGAAAGGAAAGGGGAAAAAAAAAAGAGUUGACGCACCCAGCACGUGUCAGGAGACUUUGCUCGCGCGCAAACCCCCCUCGCAGCCAUGUUCGGCGGCGACAAGAACCCGAUCCAAGUGCAGGCGCAGCCGCCUGGCCUGGAGGCGAGCCCGCCUCCGCCAUUAGUUCUGAUCCACGACGGCGGCGGCACGACCUUUAGCUACUUCAUGCUCGGCAAGCUGAACCGCGCCGUCUGGGCCAUCGAGAACCCCGAGUACUCCAGCGGCAAGGCAUGGGCCGGCGGAGUGGACGAGAUGGCGCACCGCUACAUAGAUGUCAUCAUCGAAGCGGGCAUCAGGGGCGCCAUCAUUCUCGGUGGCUGGUCUUUUGCGGGUUACGUCUCCUUGACCAUGGCUCACAUCCUGGCUCGGGACCCACGCGGGGACCUCCUCCAUGUCGCCGGCUUUCUCAUGAUCGACGUUCCGUACUUUACUCCACGGCCGCAGCUCACGGUUUCCACCUCGGAGCCUGAGAUAGAGGGCAUCCCGGACCUGGUGCGCACGGCGUUUGAAAACGUCGACGACAUGAUGGAACGCUGGGAGAAGCCGCGCUGGGACGGGCCCGCGGCGGCGGUGGUUGGCAGGGGGGAAGGGAAGCUUCAGGUUGCCGGGCAAGUCCUCGCGAUGCCGCCGCCUGAGGGCAUCCUGCAUAGGCCUUUGGGAGGCACCUCCUGGACGACAUCUCACAGACAAAACGGUCAACCUCCGACUUUGGAAGUGACCAACCCUAUCAUCCCACCGCCCGGCGUGAUGAUUCGGUGCGCCCAGCCUCUACCAGUCACGAAGCAGUGUCCCUCGACGCCCGCUCGCCUCGACGUCCAUCGAGACGACGUUUCACUCGGCUGGGACGGGAACUACACCGACUUCCUCCAGGCCGUCAUCGACGUCGACGCCGACCACUACAAUGUCUUUGACAUGUGUGACGUAGAAAAGAUGGAGAACCUCACGGCGCAACUCAUCACCGGCCUCGAGAUUCUCGAUGGCCUUGACGUCUUUAGUCUCUCAAGCGAUGAUGCAAAUCACUCAUCCGCGCCGUCGCAUGCAUCGCCUGGCUCUAUGCCUGCACAUCUAUGAAGUAGCUACGGCCAGCCGCCGAGCCUUGGGGUUUCGGCGUCUCUUCGAGUUGGCUCCAGGUCGUUGAUGACGGGGAUGGCGUACUGCUGCUGCUGUCAAGCCGACCAAGCGGGCAGAGAAAGCAGGCCGACGGUAUUGGGGGAGAGGCGAACUAACUACGUGGACCAAAACGAAUAUAAUCUAUUUCUACUCGACCUUUUCUCGAUCCAGAAAAAAAAAGAAGGGAAAACACCCCUAGUAUAGUAUCUUGGUCAUGCGGC